CCAGGUUUUGGCGCCACAAGUAUAUUGAGCUGCCAUUGCUGGCCACAUCUGCUUUGCAUCCAUCAGAUCAGUUGAGAAACAGUGAGUGAGAGUGAGCUACUGAAUUGAGCUGAGGAUGGCAACCUCCAUGAUCACCUCGCCGUUGGUGGCCAAGGGCCUUCCGUCCAUCUCCCGCCGGGGAUCCUCCUUCGCCAUCGUCUGCAGCGGCGGCAAGAAGAUCAAGACCGACAAGCCCUACGGUAUUGGUGGUGGCAUGUCAGUCGAUAUUGAUGCAUCUGGCAGGAAGAGCACGGGUAAGGGUGUGUACCAAUUCGUUGACAAGUACGGCGCAAACGUCGACGGCUACAGCCCAAUCUACUCGCCGGAGGAAUGGUCUCCCAGCGGUGACACCUACGUUGGUGGAACCACUGGUCUUUUGAUCUGGGCCGUCACCCUCGCCGGACUCCUCGGCGGCGGCGCCCUCCUCGUCUACAACACCAGCGCCCUCUCCGGCUAAACUGAAUGUUGCAUCACUCCGCUAUGUAACACCAAGCUGGGUGUCUGCAUAUCUGUAAUCUAGCCUCUGAUGAUGCCCACUGCUUAAAAAUGCAUUGCGAUUAAUCUAUGUAUAACACUGUACGUACUGCAUGAUGAUACUACACUUGAUACUUUAUUAUUUGGAGAUUAAUUAUUGAUGCCA